UUCAGCCUGAUUAUAUCAGACGAUAUUCUCAAUCCUAUGUUGAUCCCCAUCAACAUCGACUUACCGGGUCCCUCCACUCCUCGACGCCCGAACCUGCCUCCCCAACUGAUCCAGUUCGGCACGGACGAGCUUAUCCUCAUCGAACUUCAGGGCUCGCUGGAAGUAGAGGGGAACAGGGAUGGUCAGCUUGUGGGCAAGCUUCUAGUGGACGCGGUGACCAAGCCCACGCUGGUGAUAGGCCACCAUCUCUUGGAAGGGAAGAUGGUGAGCCUCAACAAGCCUCUAGCUGUUCUACAUCGACACGACGCCCGGGCCUCGCAUGACGGCGCUGACGAGGACGCGUCGAUGGACGUGGAUGGGCCUCUCAAGGGCGGGGAGGCGAAGAGCUGGGACAUGAUCGCGAUCGUGAAAAGGAAGAUGGUGUUCUCAAAACGGCCCAUGCCCAUCGCAAGCAGCACAAAGGGAAUUACGACACCGUUGUCGCGAAUAGGGAGCAAACCGUGA